CUUUCAACUAAAAACUUUAAGUGCGUCCCACCAAACUUUAAUGAGUGCCAAAAAUGUGGCAACGACUAGGCUUCAGAAACCCAUUUCUGAUGCUACUAUUGACCCUAAGGUGUCGUCUGCUGGCAAUAAAACCAGUUCUGUCAAAGAGAUUGUCAUAGCAAAGCAUGUUUCCAGCAAUAGACUUGGUUCCCAGUUCAUUAGCACUAGUAAGGAUGCCACUUUGGGUGAUAGCAAUCAUCCUGGUGUUCUUGACUCUGCUAUUACGAAAACAAUGGAGGUGAACAAAAGCAAAACAAAUUCUGCAAAACCAAGUGAUGCAAAGUCGGUGCGUAUUUUGGAGAAAAGGAUGGAAUGUCCUUUAAAUGUUUCAUCUAAAACAACCAACUUGGCCAGCAUUGAGAAGAAAUCUUCUUUAUCUGCAUCUUUGAAGCGGAAAAUAGACGAGCAAUCAGUUGCAGAUCUAGGAAUUUCAAGUCCCAUGGAAUGUGUCAAAGAGUCCAAUGCUAGCCAGAGGAUUUCAUUUGAAUCAUCUCCAAACACCAAAUGGAAAAUGGUUCCGGACAUCAAAAUUACAGAAAUUAUCAAGGAUCUCAACCCAGUUGCAAAUUCAUUAAAUGUUGUCACUGAGAUGGAAAAUCUACUAGCUGGAGUUUCAUCCUUUUUCAUGGCAGAUGACAAUCUAAGAAAGGCUGAAACUCUUACAAAGGAGCUCGAUAAUAUAUGCAAUAUUGUGAGAAGGAAGCACGAAGAAGCUAAGGAACUUCAGGUCCGCUCGAUAAUAAACAAUAAUGCACUGCUCUUGCUCAACUAUACCAUGCUAGAGGAAAAGAUUCAAGCGCUUCAGAAAUUUUCCUCAAGCCUGCUUAUUAAGGAAAUCUGAGGCGUUCGUGAACUACUGCUCUGUUGCCGAAGCUUCCUGUAGUACAUGCGCGUGCAAGGAAAGUUAACAAUCAUGCAUCUGCUGCUUUGAUAAUUACUUCUUUCUGGUUUCUUAUCCUUCGAUAUUAGUAACCCCACCUAAUUGGAACUGAACAAUCAAAUUACUUUAGGUUUAUUUGAAUGCUUAUACAUAAAACAUAUUUUAGAAACUGAUUGAUCUCAAU